UGCGCAUCUCGAAGUAGGUCAGGAGAUAUCUAAUGACAGCACGAAACUUUGCGUGAUUAAUAUCGUGCAGGCCGUGCAACUGUGCAGACAGGGCUUAAAAAGUAUUAUUUGAAUUUGUGGAAAGAAAAAUGCGUGUGAAUAAAUUAUUUGAAUAGCAAGUAUUUCGAUCAUGCAAACAAUAAACUCGUUAAAAGCAAUGUGAGGACACAAACGAUGUGAUCUUCCGUAGUGUAAUUUUUGUCAUCUAUGUCACUUUUCACAAUAUUUACAGUAUCGUCCAUUACGAGGAAUAUGACUAUGUGUGUAUCUUCCAGUUUGAAUUUGCAACAGAAGCCAUUAGUUUAACAAGGUUUGUACGCUCACUUUUUGGCAGUAAAUGCAGGAUUUGAAAUAACAGCAACAUCAGGGGUUAGAAUCAUGUAUCAUUCUACCAGAUACAUGAUUCUGUUCGGCAUCAUCGUUUUUCUUGGAACGUGUAUGUAUGUGCUGGAUUUUACGUUCAAACAAGAAAAUAACAUACACUUACAACACAAACAUUAUUUUCAUUAUUCAAGAAUGGAUAAUGAUGUCAAUUGCAACGCCAUAUUCCAGGGUGAUAUAGAUGAAAUUCAACGCGCAGAGAAGAUUAUUCAAGUUAGAAAUGUUCUCCAACCUAAAAAAUACUCAGAAAUGACGAAAAACUGCUCACAUUUUAAACGUCUGCGUGGAUAUAUUGAUCAUCAUCUAACGGAAGUUGAACGUGACUUUCCAAUAGCGUUCAGUCUACUUAUUUACACAGACAUUGAACAAUCGGAAAGACUUCUACGCGCUAUUUACAGACCACAGAACUUUUAUUGCAUACACGUUGACUCCAAAACAGAUGAAGCCAUAUACGUCGGCAUGUCUUCAAUCGCGAGUUGCUUUGAUAACGUGUUUAUGACAUCAAAGCGAUUUAACGUUAGGUGGGGUACAAUGACCGUUCUCGAGCCAGAAUUACUCUGCAUGCAGGAGCUUUGGAAUAAAAGUGCAGAGUGGAAAUAUUUUAUUAAUCUGACUGGACAAGAGUUUCCAUUGAAAACAAACUACGAACUUGUACGCAUUUUACAGGCAUAUAAUGGAUCAAACGACAUUGAGGGAACUUUUAAAAGAGCCAGUACGGAUCGGUGGCAGAGAAAUGGUGCGCCACCUCAUAACAUCACGGCUAUAAAGGGGUCUGUGCAUAUUGUGGCCAACAGAGGCUUUGUGGACUUCAUAUUGCAUGAUCAGCGAGCCCAUGACCUCUUGAACUGGACGAGACAGACGGAGGUGCCUGAUGAAACUUUCUUUUCUACGCUAAAUCAUAACCCUCAUCUCGGUGUACCAGGUGCUUAUUUAGGGGUACCGGAGUCGGACGAUGCGAUCAAGCCAUUCCUGGCGCGAUUCAAGCAUUGGGUCUGGGGUCAAAGAGAGUGCCAUGGCAAACACGUGCGCAACAUCUGUGUCAUAGGCAUAGGCGAUCUGCCGGAUCUGGCCCAGAGCAAGAAGCUCUUCGUGAACAAAUUCAACCAGAACUUCCAUCCCUAUGGUUACGAUUGCCUUGAAGAGCUCAUCGCAAACCGCACCCGGGACACUUACCUAGGUAAUCUUGAGUUUGAUUCGAUAUAUUACGGGACUUUGGGCUUUGUUAAGAACAAAAUAUAAUGCAACAUGGAAAGCAUAUUUGAUUGCGUUUAGUUGUAUGCUGAAAAUUGUAUUUAUGUUGAUAUAAGUGUGCAAUUGUAAAUAUCUUAUAGUAUAUUUGUAUUUAUAAUACAACUCCGAAUUUAAAAACAUUAAUUUUGAAUACUAUGUUAAGAACUCAAUGAAAAUAUAUAUUCAAUCCUUAAUAGAAAAAUAUCUACAAUUAUAUUGUAAAUAGAUUUUCGUCACGUUUAAUAGCUACGGAAAUCGGAAAUAAGAUUUGUGAUAAACAUAUUUCAUUGUGUUAAAUGCGUUGUACAAUAAUUCUGUAUUGAGUAAAUUGUAUUUAGGAAACACAUUUACAUUGACAUCCUUUGUUUACAUCAAGCUUUAGGUUGUGAUAAAAAUACACUUGCUUUUGCUUUGUUUUCUACAGAUGUAUUUGAACAUUGAUGCGUUUAAAAUAUCUGUUUAAUUCAUUGUUUAUCAUUGAUUAAAAUACUUGAAUGAAAUAUAUGCUGUAUACCAAUGUUGUUUGAAGAUGUUUAAAUCGGACUGAUAUCGUCUACAUAGAUAAGGAAUGCAAAUAAUAAGGCCAUUUAAACGUUAUGCCAAUAAUUAUUGGCGUCGCACUGAAGUGCGGCGACUAGUAUGUAAUACGUUUGUUUUCGCUUAUGGGAGAAGUAAUUUUACGGAUCAAUGUAUAUAUUUUUGUUGUCAGAAUAUCUUGCAUAGUGGUAAUUUUUUGUGCAAAUUAGUGUAAAUAAGUAAUGCAUUUGUCCCUAUUACAUUUACUUCAACAUGUAUUGCCAAUAAUGCAAAGCUAAUUCUUUUAAUUAAUAACUGAUCAAAGUGACUGGGCAAUAAUAAAAGAUCACAGGGACUGGGCCAAUACGCGAACCGGUGAAACAAAUAUAAAAACAAAACUUCUUUGUUCCACUAUCCUAGCAACCACCUAGUUACUAAUAAAGGCGCUAUAGAGCGCGAAGCGCGACACGUAUUUUUAAUUGUAAUAAUGAGUCUUGAUAAAGGAAGGCGGUUAUCAAUGAGGAGCACCAUCACAGCACCCCAGACUCAUUACUAUCAAGUCUUACUACAGGUUUAUUUUUAAGAACCACAUAUAGGAGGCCGCAGGCCUGACCCGUAUCUUGCCAGUGGUAUGGACCCUUUGGUAUGGACCUUUAACCACGCUCACUAUCCAGCGUUUAAACUUUCGGGUUUACACUAAUCAUAGAUAAUGGUUAUUUGGGAGUUAUAACACAACAUCAUAAAUAAUGGUUAUUUGGGAGUUAUACCACAAAAUCAUAAAUAAUGGUUAUACCAGUAUCUUUUUCUAUUUUGCUUGAAAUAAUAGGCCAAUAUAUUAAUAUUUACAGUAGAAAAAACAAUCGUUCCAUGUAACUUCAUUGAGUGCCUUUUACACUGAAAUUCCCGACGCCCUUUGAUGCUUUGCAUCAAUACUUAUCUUGUAGCCUAUUGAAAUGCUACGUUUACUUUACACACAUCGAAUGAGAAAAAAAAUCAAGCGUUAUGAUGGUGACGGAUGCGUCUAUAUGCAUGCUUAUUUCACAUCUAAGUCUUUAUAUAUUAGGACUGUAUAGGACUUUAAAGGUAUUGUUUGUCUAGUUUUGUAUCGUUGAAGUAUGCUUACCAAUGACCUAGCCAGACAAAUUUAAGAAUCAGAAGGUAAUCUUAUUAUUAAGUAAAAUAACCUCCCAGGCAAUAAGUUAACAAACCUUGAAACAAAUGACGAAAACUAGUUAUAACUUCAUACGUAGGGACGCAAAGAAAAACAUCUUCAUUUAAAGAUAUGCAUAUGAUUUAUUUAUGUAGUACAUUCUAUGAAUCCAUUACCAUUUCAUCAAAAGCAUAAGACAUAUACCAUAGUAAAAUAUCUGCAAUUAUUAUAUGAUAUGGUCUAUAAUUAUAUUUAUCAUGUUUAAUUGCGUAAGGCUUAUACGUCAACAUACUGGAAUUCGUAAUGCAAUACGUCAACAUACUGGAAUUCGUAAUGCAAUACGUCAACAUACUGGAAUUCGUAAUGCAAUACGUCAACAUACUGGAAUUCGUAAUGCAAUACGUCAACAUACUGGAAUUCGUAAUGCAAUACGUCAACAUACUGGAAUUCGUAAUGCAAUACGUCAACAUACUGGAAUUCGUAAUGCAAUACGUCAACAUACUGGAAUUCGUAAUGCAAUACGUCAACAUACUGGAAUUCGUAAUGCAAUACGUCAACAUACUGGAAUUCGUAAUGCAAUACGUCAACAUACUGGAAUUCGUAAUGCAAUACGUCAACAUACUGGAAUUCGUAAUGCAAUACGUCAACAUACUGGAAUUCGUAAUGCAAGUCUGAGUGUGCAGUGGUUUGUUUUUCAUUAGUUCCUUUAAAUACAUAUGCACUAUUCCAUUUCUAGUAUAUUUUAAUAAUGAACCAGUCGUUACUAUAAUAUGAGAUGAUUUGUUUUUAUAUACAGCAUAGCUACAUUUUUGUAUAAUUUUCCGCUUAUAACAUACAGUUAGAAACUCAGUUAUUUGUUUACAUACAUUGCAGACAUGAUAAAUUAAAUUAUACUGUGUUUGUAUAUUGAAACUGUGAAGACAUAUUAUGUGAACAUGUUAUGUAAUCGAAAAUAUCCAUGCAUUUAAAAGUCAAGUUUAUGAUAUGAUUAUGUACGUCUUUUGUUACAUGUACUACACGAUUCAUUCUUUCAAACUACUAACCAUUAUGACACUUAGUGUUUGGUGUGAAAUGUUCGACAAAGCGAUGUUCCACCGAACAUGUGUGGUGUAUGUGUACAUCAAAUUAAUCAUUUUUAGCAUAGAUUAUCAAUGACCGUUGUCUUUUAUAUAAAGUUAAGAGUGCUUCAUUAACUGAAAAUCAUUUUAUAAAAAAAUUAGUUAUUAUAUGCAUAUUUACAUUUAUACAUAUAAAGUAUUAUAAUGAUAUUGAUAUGUAUAUUCGGGUAUUCUAGAUUGUUUUGAAAUGGAUACCGUCCUCCGAACAUUUCUCUUACGUUCGUAUAAAUAUGGUCUGUUGUAAGCGAAUAAGCAGAAUCCGUUUCUGUUUUACAAUUUCUGAUUGCUGUCCAGAAGACACGCGCAUAUGCUUUGGCGAGAUAGGCAAUGUUCAAACAUUCCUUUUUCAUAUGUAUGGGAGCUUGUAUUUUUGUUGUUUUAUAUUUCCACCAAGCAUGCACUUCAUUGAACACAUUUUAAAUCAAUUAUCACUGCAUUAAAUAUUGCGCAUAAGUUUAAUAUUAGUUUUUUUCCGUAACAACCAUUUUCGAUUUAUUGGUUUCGUUGCGCGAGAAUUUUAGAAAUUUUAGAAUUUUCACUGUUUAUUGGCUGAUCGAAAAUGAAUGUUACCGUAGCUAAAAUACACUCGAACAAGAUCAUCCGUCUGUCACGUGUUCAGUGACGCGGUAAUAUUAUUGAAUAGUUCAGUUUCGCUGAUCAGUCUAUUUUGUAGAAGCGGGGUUUCAUCAGUAUUUAAAAUAGUUUUUUUUUGGUUUAUUUUCCUUGUUAGUACUCAUGUGAUACAUUGUUAUAAGAAUAUGUAUACAUUUUUUUGUUAAAAGGUUUUUUAUGUUGGACAUACGUGAUCCGAGAAAUCUUUAAAGUCGUGAACAUGAAUUUUUCGGAAUAAGGUCAACUGUUUCGAGUUUCCGUAUUCCUCCAACGAUGUCACAGGCCUCUUUUUCAACUCCCGUAUCGAUUUCGUUCGGCGCGCUUCAUGCGCUUUCAUGUGAACAACUUCUGGCAUCAUGCACAGUUUAACGCCAUUGGUCCGCAUUUUCUACGAUCGGAAGCGCCGUAUCGGUACUAGUUCGUUCACGUCCGCAGUCUCGUUUGCUCUCGAUCUCGCGUGGUGGUUUCACCGAACGGAAAUGACGUGAAAGCGAUAACAACAGAUUUGCAAAGACCUACCGGCUUUGGCGUGUUCGGUUCCUCUUAAAUGACAAUAUAUUUGAUCGGAGGAUUGACCAUUAAUUGUCUGAAGUAGAAAGAAUAUUGCCAAGCAAUAUAUGUACCAUUCCGGCUCCAUCAUUGUCAAAAAUUCCAGCAUUUUCAGAUUUUUUUUUAAGUUGUUGCUAUAGCAACCAGAAUUUUUGACUGGAACAAAAUGAAAUGACGUGCAAAAUGUCCAUAUUGCCAUCUAUCCAUGUUUAAAGUUUCAUGAAAAAAAGAAGAACUUUUAAAGUUAUCGCAGGAUCCAGAAAAGUGUGACAGACAGACUGACUUACAGAUUGACAGACAGAGCGCAAACCAUAAAACCUCUCGGGUGAAACCGGUAGGGGACAAAAAACACAUAUGUUAUCAUGAUCAAGCAAACACAAAUUUUGUUUUCAUCCCAUUCCUUUAAUUGUAAAAGUUAAUUGUCGUCGUAUUCUGGGUAUUUCAAUACAAUAGAUGGCAUGCAGCUCUGUUUAAACAGCAUUGUCAUAAAGAAGCAUGCUCAUGUAAUUAUACAAACGUCAAUCUUAUAUGUCUAGUAACUACACGGGUGCAAACUGUAUAAAAAUGCACUCUAUAAAUAAAAUUGGCCCUUUGUUUCUUUUCUUUGUAUUAUAUGACUAGUUAAGCGUGUAAAGCGCAUGUGCAUAAAACCUGAUGUUCAUGUGUGCUAUCUAUCGAAAAGUGUUGAUAAAGUAUAAACGGGGCUAUUCAGACUAAAAUUGAAAAAUAAAUUGCAAAUCUCA